GUCAAACUGUAAGUGUUUGUGAUCCAGGAGAGAUGGCGCAGAAAACACUCGACCAAGAAGCCUUUUCCUGCUCUGUGUGUUUGGAGCUACUGAAGGAUCCUGUGACUAUUCCCUGUGGACACAGCUACUGCAGGAACUGUGUCCAACAGCACUGGGACCAUGAGGACUACAAGCACCUCUACAGCUGUCCUGAAUGUCGCUUCAGCUUCAGCCCCAGGCCUGUCCUGGGUAAAAACAUCAUGUUAGCAGGUUUAGUAGAGCAGAUGAAGAAGACAGCGCCCCCUGCUGCCCGCUGCUAUGCCGGACCUCAGGAUGUGUCCUGUGAUGUGUGCACUGGGAGGAAGCUGAGAGCUGUCCAGUCCUGUCUGCAGUGUGUGGCCUCUUACUGUGAGCGCCACCUACAGCCUCAUCAUGAAGCUGCAGUGUUAAAGAAACACCAGCUGGUGGAGCCGUCUCACACGCUCCAGGAAAACAUCUGCUCUCAACACCACAGACUGAUGGAACUAUUCUGCCGCAGUGACCAGCAGCUGCUCUGCUCCUUCUGCUCUGUGGACCAACAUAAGGGUCAUGACAUAGUAACCUCUGCCUCAGAGAGGGCUCAGAGGCAGGCAGAGCUGCCGGCCAGGAGGGCCCUGCUGCUCCAGAACCUCCAGCACAAAGAGACAGACCUGAAGAGGCUCCAACAGGAGGCCCAGGACAUCAGACGCUCUGCCCAGACAGCAGUGCAGCGCAGCGGGGACAGCUUCACACAGAUGGCCCUUCUCCUGGACAAAAGACGCUCUGAAGUGGAGCAGCAGAUCCGCUCCCAGGAGCAGACCCAACUGAGCCGAGUCCAAGAGCUCCAGGACCAACUGCAGCAGGACGUGAGGGGGCUGAAGAGGAGCCUCUCUGAGCUGGACACACUGGCCCUCACCCAGGAUCAUAACCAGUUUAUACAGGUCUACACUUCACUGUCCCCACACACACAGAGCACAGAGACACACACCAUUCACACAGGGAACUGGAGCUACUUUGAGGAAGUGACCAGAGCUGUGUCCAAGCUCAGAGACACACUCCAGCUCACUCUGAGUCCAGUCCAGGUUUUACUGCCACCAGCUGAACCCAGCUCCAGAGACGACUUCUUACAAUAUUCUACAGAAAUCACUCUGGACCCGAACACAGUUCACACCGAACUGUCUCUGUCUGAUGGAAACAGAAGAGCAACAGUUAUGAUUGAAGAACAGAGUUAUCCAGAUCAUCCAGACAGAUUCUGUCACACGUGUCAGGUCCUGAGCAGAGAUCUGACGGGUCGCUGUUACUGGGAGGUGGAGUGGAGCGGGGAAUGUGCUCGUAUAGCAGUUUCAUACAAAGAUAUUCAGAGGAGAGGAAACUCUAAUGAAUGUUUCUUUGGACACAAUGAUAAAUCGUGGGCUUUACAGUGUGACAAAACCAGUUAUUCAUUUUGGUUUAAGUCUGAGUCCCAGGUCUCAGGACUGGUUUCAAGUCCAGUCUCAGGUCUAUUCUCAAGUUUGGUCUCACGUCUAGUCUUCAGCCUGGUCCGGCCCAGAAUCGGGGUUUACCUGGACCACAGUGCAGGGGUUUUGGUGUUUUACAGCGUCUCUGAAAAUACCAUGAGCCUCCUCCACAGAGUCCAGACCAAGUUCACUCAGCCUCUCUACGCUGGGGUCUGGAUUUAUAAUACUGGAGACACUGUACAUUUCCCUAAACUCAAAUAGCAGCUUUGUUCUGAAAACUGUGUUGAUAAACUAUAUGUAGAGAGUUUAGAUUAUGACAAAAACCUGAUCUUUUAAAACAUACCACAUUUGACACAAUAUUAUGUUCUUUAUUGUCAUUAUAGUCAUUUUUAUAAUUUUUUGUCACUGCUGUUCUCUGGUCUGACUGUCCACCAUCAAGCUCACGGACCUCACAUCAGAGCCUCUGUCAGUGCAGGCCACUGUGACCCCAGCAUGGUCAACAUGACUCGAACUGUGGUUGAAGUCAGGCCAGAAGUGCUCACGUUAUGUCUGAAAUGUGCCUUGUAUCUGUUUUAUGCCUUAUGUAACUGUUUACUUCUGAGUAUACAUUUUUACAUUUUAACAUCCUGAAUAGAAAAUAAGAAAACAUUCAUCAGAAAUACAGUAUUGUAACAGCCAAAAGUCAAAUAAAAAAAUGUUCUAGAUAAAUAAGUAUUUAAAAAGGCCAGUUAGAUGCACAAGUGGAAUUGAAAAACAUGAUGAAAUACUGAAAUAUACUUGAAUAUAAUAAAUACAGUAAAAUACACUAAACUACACUGUACAGUAAAUAACUAUGGGCAGCAGAAGUGGGCCUCCUAGUACUCAGUUACAGUAACUAACUGUACUUAAAAAAUGUAACAGACUGGAAAGCAUGACAACAAGAACACUGCCAUGUCCUACAAAAGUAUAGACUUCUCAACUUUGACAAAAUACAUAGAACAUUGGCAUAGAAUCCUGAAUAACUCUGCAGCCCUAAAGCACUUUGAUCAAUCCACACCUACAGUGUUAACCAAAACCUCACAUGCUUCCACCAGGGGGCAGUGUACUGUAACAAACUGCUAAACUUAAUUUGCACAAACAGCCUUCUUUUAUUCAUACUUUGCAGCAACAUGAUUAUAGGGGUGUUCUACAGCUGUCUCUAUGGCAGUUACCAUGGAGACACAAUGCACACAUUAGCAAACACUGACAAAUACUCAUUUAGAAUGUGGCUUAGACCGACUUUUGUUUGUUUUCUACUGAUCACUAUAACUGUUCACACUAUUUCAAACACAUAAACACCUGUUUAUGUAAUUAUAAUUAUACAUGCAAUAAACAGUCACAUUUGGUAGCA